UUCAGUGAGGAGCGCCGGUCUCCGCAGCUGCCGUCAUGGCUGUGUGGAGCGGGCCGGCGUGCGCGGGCUUUCUGGCGCUGGCCGUCGGUUGCGUGCUGCUGCUGCAGCCCGAGCUGCCCGGCUCGGCGCUGCGUGCGCUCUGGGGCCCCGUGCUCUGGGCGCCACCGUCCGGGGGGGCUUCCGCCGAGGGUCGUCUAGCGGCGGCCUGGGAGGCGCUUAUCGUGCGCCCCGCGCGGCCGUGGAGCCGCGUGGCCGUGGGGGUCAAUGCCUGUGUGGAUGUAGUCCUCUCAGGAGUGAAACUCUUAAAAGCACUUGGCCUCAGUCCUGGUAAUGGGGAAGAUCAUAGUGUCUUACAUUCAAGGGAAGAUCUGGAAGAAGCCUUCAUUCAUUUCAUGGGCAGAGGAGCAGCUGCUGAGCGCUUCUUCAGUGAUGAGGAGGCUUUUCACAAUAUCUCCCAGAUUGCAUCUGCCCUCCCAGGAGCCCAGCACUAUGUUGGAGGAAAUGCAGCUUUAAUUGGGCAGAAACUUGCAGCAAAUUCAGAUUUGAAGGUUCUUCUUUGUGGUCCAGUUGGCCCCAAGCUACAUCAACUUCUUGACGACAAUAUAGUUGUUCCCCCAGAAUCAAUGCAAGAAAUAGAUGAGUUCCAUCUCAUUCUGGAGUAUCAAGCAGGGGAGCAAUGGGGACAGUUGACUGCACCCAAUGCCAACCGAUUCAUCUUCUCCCAUGAUCUGUCCAAUGGAGCUAUGAAUAAGCUGGAAGUAUUUGUGUCCAGUCUUGAAGAGUUUCAACCAGAUCUUGUGGUCCUCUCUGGAUUGCAUAUGAUGGAAGGACAGAGCAAAGAGAUUCAGAAGAAGAGACUUCUAGAGGCUGUGAUUUCUAUCUCAGAUAUACCCACUGACAUUCCAGUUCACUUAGAAUUGGCCAGUAUGACUGAUCGAGAACUCAUGAGCAAUAUCAUGCAUCAGCAGGUUUUCCCUCUGGUGAAUUCCCUUGGAUUGAAUGAACAGGAGCUGCUCUUCCUUAGCCAGUCAGCGUCGGGUCCUCACUCAUCUCUGCUGGCGUGGAGUGGCGUCCCUGACGUGGGGAUGGUCAGUGACAUUCUCUUCUGGAUCUUGAAGGAGCAUGGCAGGAGUCGAGAGAGAGCGUCAGAUCUCACGCGGAUCCAUUUCCACACUCUAGCCUACCACAUCCUGGCCACUGUGGAUGGGCAUUGGGGGAACCAGCUCGCCUCCGUGGCUGCAGGAGCCCGGGUAGCAGGAACGCAGGCCUGCGCGUCAGAAACGAUCGAUGCCAGCCGGGUGUCCCUCAAGGCUCCCCUAGAGUUUCUGACUUCCCAUUCAGAGGCAGGCUCCAAGGUGUCUAUCAAUCCAGAUGAGCCAGUAGUUGAGUGGCACCGAGAGGGAAUCUCUUUUCACUUCACCCCCGUCCUGGUUUGUAAGGAUCCCAUCCGAACUGUGGGCCUCGGGGAUGCGAUUUCAGCAGAAGGACUGUUCUAUUCUGAAGUAUACCCUCAUUGAUGUGAACAGGGGCAGGUUUGGGGCCUCUGAGGAAUUUAUAAAUGGCUUGAGAAUUUCAGAUCAAUAGAUGGUAUAAGAAAUAGAAUUUAGGAUGUUUAAGGAAGUUCUAGGUCUAAUUGGAGGAUAGCCAAAGAAAUAACCGUAUCAACACAUUCCAGCCUAUUGGCAAAUGGCACAGGAAGUAUUUCAGAUUUUAAUCAAGGAAUUUUAGCUCUUUACUGGUAAGACUGGAGUGUGUGUGUGUGUGUGUGUGUGUGU